UACGAAAAAAGGAGUCAGUCCGGCGUAUGAAAAACUGGAUGUAUUAUCAAAACCGGAGCGCGACCGGGUCGUAUAAUUAGUGUAGUAUAAAAAUGGCGGGUUGGGGGACAUAGACACAGUGCACUUUCAUUCGCUCAGUGGAACCAGUCGGCAAUAUGACAACCUUUGUGGUAUCUUGCUUCAUGGCAUGCAUCGCCGUUGCAGCCACUAAUCCCACGGGACUAGUUAACAUAGCCACAAUUGGCAGCAUACCUAAUCCAAACUACGGGUUCAACUACGCCGUAAACGACCCGUCGACGGGCGACAACAAGGCGCAGUGGGAGACGCGGAACGGCGACGUCGUGCAGGGCGCGUACUCGCUCGUGGAGCCCGACGGUAACGUGCGAGUCGUAGAGUACACCGCCGACCCGGUGCGAGGUUUCAAUGCAGUCGUCAAACGCUCCGGCCCCAACGUCCACUCGAUCGGACCCGUCGCUGUAGCCACGCCCAUCGUUGAGGCCACGCCCAUCGUCGAGCAAGUCGUCCCCGUCGCGCCGAUCGCCCACGAGCCGAUCCUCCCGAUCGCUCACGAGCCGAUCGUACCCAUAAUCGAGCCGGCGCCGAUCUACGAGCACUCGCUCGACUACCUGCCGAUCCUCCCCUCGCACGAGCCCCUCGUCUCCCUCUCGGGUACGACCUGGGGCCACAAGGGCAACAUCGUCCGCCGCUGGACCGCCGGGCCCAUCUCGCUGAGCGGCAAAACCCUCACCAUCAGGACCAAGCACUGAGUCCUGUAGCCGUUAACUUCUAUACGUAUAGGUAACCGUAUUUGUUACUCGACCGCCGCCGUUCCCGCACAUAUUUGGCCAUAUUGUGCGGGAGCUUCCGGCGGUCGUUAGAAGUUAAGCUGACUGUUGUGUAUUCUGAGCGAUGAA